AUGCACAGCCCUCCAUCCACACCGUCCACACCGUCGGAACCCUCAUUUUCCCUUUUACCUUCUGCCUCGACUCUCCAGGCUACUCAAUCGCAGCCAUCCAAUCCAUCAACCAAGACUGAUAACCCCCCAUGCAGUUCAGCUCGUAUUCGGCCUGUGAACCUGGCCCCACCCAUCCGGAAUCAAAGCACGUUCAUGUGGCAGGCCAACCUCAUGUGUGUGAUGCUAUGA